GAGGAAUCCUGUUUUGAUGUUAAAAUAUUUGUAUCAUCAAGUGAGUGGUGUGAGAAAGAAGCUUCGUAUCUGAUCAAGCUAUGUGAGCACUGUCAAACAAAUGGAAAAAUGAAGGAAAAGCAACCUGUUGAGAACGGUACCCAUGUCACUCCAGAUACUGAAUGCAAUUUACCAGCAUCAGAUAAUGCUACUAGUGAUGACACUGAGCCCUUUAAUAUAGAUGAUGAAGAAGAAGCUGUAACCACUACUGCUUUUAAUGAGCAUGGUGUGGAGCAAGCUGAAAACAACGAGCAGAGUCAUCCUCAUUCUACGAAUCUAGAAGCAGGGCAAAUAACAUGGGGAAGAUCCAGAAGGACGCGUUUUGUCUCACAUAGAAGGCUAGUAGCUGAAGAGGAGGGCAACCCUGCACUGCGGCGAGCAUAUGCAGCCAAAUCUCCUUGCGGUCUGGUGGUAUCAAUGCCAACCCGGAUGGUGCAAAAUCAUCACCGAGUGCCGAUUCCUCGUCAGUGGUUUGUUACCUGUAUCUCAAAAAGGAUCAGCCAUAAAGUAAUUCUCCGAGUGAAAAACGAAGAGAGAACGUGGGUCGUUCCAGUCUAUUUUUGUGAAAGCGAAACGGGUAGGACCCGCCCGGUGGAACUAAUGCGUUCUGGUUGGAAACCUUUUGCAGCUGACAACCGCAUAAAAGAAUUUGAUGCCUGCCUGUUCGAGCCUGCUGGUAGAAAUCAUCUGGGUAUUCCAAUUAUUGAUGUUGUAAUUGAGAGGGAGGAUCCAACAAUGCCAAUUCUCCCUCCUAGUACUGAUUCAGACGCUGGAAAAUCAAGAGAGGAAAACCGCCAAAGAGAAAUUUGGUUAAAAGCAGUUGAUGCAGAGAACAAUAUUGCCUUGCAGCAAGCACGAGCAGAAGAAAUCCCAGGCAUCAGUAAAGUUGUGGCUAUUUAUAUGAGUCAUGUUAGUCGAUCUUUCCGGGUGCGUAUGAGCCUGGAAUGGAUUUCUAAGCAUCUAUCAGAACAAUCCAUGGGGGCCAGGAAAGUGCUUUUGAGCAUGGACAUGCAAAUGCAGCAAGUUCUGUUGCAUUUCAAUGAAACAUAUAAAUACGCAGAGCUUACUGCUGGCUGGAAGGAGUUUGCUUGUUACCACUCCCUCAACGUGUCUGAUGUGUGUCUUUUUAACCCGGCCGGUACUCGAAAUAACGAUGGAAUUUCGAUUAUUAAUGUUAGGAUAUUUCGCAACGGACCGGAGCGGCAGAAUCGUUAGGGUAUCAAUGCAGUGAUGGCCAAUCUCUUCGAAGUGCGCUUGUUUGUUUGUAACUAAUUUAGCUAAUGGUCUUUUGUGAAGGGUUGUUCUAAUAUUAUCAAGUUAAAAUUGUGCAUGGAAUAGGGAGCCAUUAUUGCUGUUUUGUAAACCUUGAUCAGUAUCCAUGAACAUCAAUGAAAUUACAGUUCCAAG